CGACUAGUGUAUAAAAUGGCGUCACUGGCGGGCAUCACUGCACAGUACAAUAAAAAGAGCUCUGCUGUCAAAAGGAUUAUGCAAGAAGCUCGCGAACUGGCUCGUGAACCAUCAACUGAUUUUGCUGCCAAUCCACUCGAAACAGAUAUUUUUGAAUGGCAUUUUACAAUUCGAGGUCCAGAGGACACUGAGUUUGAGGGAGGACUCUAUCAUGGUCGCAUCUUACUUCCCAAUAACUACCCAUUUGCUCCACCUAGUCUCAUGUUCUUGACACCCAAUGGACGUUUCGAACUCCACAAAAAAGUCUGCUUGAGCAUCACUGGUUAUCAUCCAGAGUAUUGGCAACCUGCUUGGGGUAUUCGGACAGUGCUGGUCGCAGUCAUGGGAUUCCUGCCCACAGAAAGCAAAGGCGCCAUUGGAGGACUUGAUACAAGCGUAGAAGCUAGAAAAGCUUUAGCUAUCAAAUCAAGAACAUGGUCGUGUCCAACGUGUCAAUCAGAGAACAUAUCGAUCCUGCCAGACGUUGCACCAGAGAACGCAGUCAAGGCAUCUCUCAAAGCUGAUGAAUUGCCUCCAGAAUUCUCAUUUGGAUAUGAGGCUGACAAAAAGAAGCAGGCAGAGGAAAGCGAUAGUAAUAAUAACACUAAUAAAAAUGAAGCUUGCGAGGAUAAGGGAAACUUAGCCGAGUCAGCAGUAGAGUAUUUGCCAUCACCAUCAUCUACAGGAUUUACUCCAACCAUGUCAGAUGAUAUUCAAUCCAGCAGGCCUGCCAUUGAAUUAGAAUCUACAGUAAGGCCCAUGCAUCAAUCUUCCAUUCAACAACAACAAGGGCCUUCAGCGGGAGUACAGUCUUCAUCGAACGUGCCUCAAGGCCUUUCAAGGCCAUUGACCCCUGUAACAGGCGCAUCAUCAUCAUCAACAACAACAGAGAUCCGUGCCCGGACAGGAGCUGCUACUUCUCAGUCUCAAACACAGAUUUUGGAGCAUCUCCAAGCACCUGCACAGGCUCGGGCACAGAACAAUCGACGAACAGAGUCUGGUAUUCCCGUGUGGCUUGACACCCUUAUCUUCAUCUUUGGAGGUCUUUUGGUCGCCAUGGUCAUUCGCAAAUUUAUCUAGUACAUUAAAACAUCUCCAUUUUCUGUCUUCUGUACCAUUCUCCAUCCUUUUGAUCCACACACAAAAAAAAAAAUAACAUAACAUAACAUAACAUAACAUAAC